AUGGCCUUGAGCAAGGUUGUCUCAGGGGCAUUCCAGACCCUUUUCGAUAAGCUACCUCACCAGGUCCAGCGAUUCAUUCUUAUUCCGUCUGUCAGAAAGGGACUUGCAUUCCUGGCAGCAUGGAAAACCCUUGGCGUCAUUAAUCGCUACAUUUCCCAUCAAGCGCAAAACAACUGGGUGCGACUUGGUCCUUGGGAUCCCAGCCGGGAGCUAGUUGUCCUCACUGGCGGUUGCAGCGGGAUUGGAAGGCAGAUUCUGGAAGAUUUGACCAAAUUGAACGUAAAAGUCAUUAUCUUGGACGUGCAAGAGCCAAUCUUUGAGCUGCCUUCAAAUGCAUACUUCUACCGCGCUGAUAUUACAUCUUCCUCCGUUGUGAAGGAAGUUGGAAAUCAGAUCCGAAAGGAGCAUGGCAACCCUACUAUUCUGAUCAACAACGCAGGCGUUGGAUUUGGAGAGACUGUUCUCGAUGCGCCCGAAGAACAUAUCCGCCUCACUAUGGAGGUCAACACUCUUUCUCACUACUGGACGGUGAAAGAGUUCCUUCCAUCUAUGAUCCAGAAAGAUCAUGGCCAUAUCAUCACAGUGGCGAGCAUCGCAAGUUUCGCCGCUGUUGGAGAACUAUCCGCCUACGCUGGGUCAAAGGCAGCCGCACUUGCUUUCCACGAGAGUCUCACUCAGGAGCUGCGACAUUGGUAUAAAGCAAAGAAAGUCCGAACAAGCGUAAUCCAUCCUUUCUGGGUGCGUACUCCUUUGAUCGACGGCCUCAUCAAUGCAGGCAAGCACUUCAAGGCCCCGAUUAUGAGCCCAAGAGACGUCUCAUCUGCUGUGGUCAAGCAGAUUGUAUCACAGACUGGUGGCCAAGUCAUCAUUCCAAGCAAUCAUGGCUCUGCUUCAUUCCUUCGUGGUCUGCCCAGCUGGAUGCAAGAGCGAGUGAGAAACAAGGGCUCGAAGCAACUCGUGAGGCUUCGCGAGUUGCAGAGGGAGUUUGCCGCACAACAAGCUACCGCAAAUUAG